AUGAGUGUUAUCUCAGAACAAAGAAAACUGGGAGACAGCUUUAGGGGUUGCCGUUAUUGCAAGAGGGCAGGCCAUGAGGAGCAGAAUUGCUUCAAGAAGAUGAGGGAUGAGGGUCGUCCUAUACCGAAUCGAGUUCAGCAAGCCAACCCGCCUACACGCCAAAAUCCGCAGGGCCGCCUGUAUGCCAUUAUGUCACCCAAAGACGCAAACCCAAACCCCAACUUAAUAGAAGGUACGACUUUCAUUCAAAAUUUUCCUAUUGUCCUUUUGUUCGAUUGUGGAGCUACUAUAUCCUUCAUCUCAAAUUUUAUAGUCGAACGAUUGAAUCUAGAACUAAAAUACACCAAAGAACUUAUCACCGUGGCAUCGCCCCAGGGAAAUAUGAUAGAACUGAACAAGUACUAUGAACACCCCAUCACUAUAGCAGAUGUCGACAUCCCAGUCGAUCUAGUAAAAGUAAACAUGAAAGGAUUCGACGUGAUCCUUGGGAUGGAUUGGCUUGACUAG